GUUGUGAAGCCACACGUGUUGUGUCGUGUUGCUACAGGUUUAUAUUUUUCAUGCUAUUGAUACACUAACACUAUAUCAUUUUUCUAUAAUUAUAAUAAGAUAACUAUAAUAAGACAUAAAAUAUUAGUUGACAUAAUUCUUAAAGACAUAAUAAGAAUUAUGUCAACUAAAAUGGAAGAACGUUCGUUUAUAAUCGAAUGUAUUAAUUUGUAUCGAGAUCUGCCGGCACUUUGGAAUGUCAAAAGUAAGGAUUAUUCCAAUCGUAAUAAAAAAAAUGAUUCCUAUGAAACGUUAGUAACGAAAUAUAAAGAAAAAUAUCCACAAGCCACUAAGGAAGACGUUAAGAAAAAAAUGAAUGCAUUAAGAACAAAUUGUCGUAAAGAAUUCAAAAAGGUUAAAAGUUCGAAAAAAUCUGGUGCUGGAUCGGAAGACAUAUAUGAACCAUGUUUAUGGUAUUAUAAUGAAAUGUUAUUUUUACAAGACCAAGAGACACCGAGUGACUCAAUAAGUACAAUGGAUAGUGAUAUUGAAAAUGACGAAGAAAUCAAUCAUAGCACAGUUGAUGAAACUGAAGAAUUGUUUACAAUUCCAAAAGUAAAAAGAAAACAUCAAAAGCAACAGUCGCCACAGGAAGAACUUGUAGGAUUAGCUUGUAAGCGUUUACGUCAGACGGAAGAUAAUGAUGAAAUUAAAAUAGCUAUUGCUUGGGCAUCGGAACUUCAAAAAAUGAAUGCCCAACAACAAAUUUUUGCAAAAAAGGCUAUCAACGACAUUUUAUUUGAAGGUCAAAUGGGUACAUUACAUCGAAAUGCUAUUCAAAUAGUAUCAGCUUCAACUAGAUCAUCAACCCCGUUCUAUAGUAAUACUCCAACACCCUACAGUCUUUAUUCUUCAACAAAUAGUGGCCCCCCUUCUAUUGAAACAAAUGACAUGCCAUGUACUUAUCAGACAUUGACUAUUGAUAUUCCAAACAAUUAUUCUACAAUUGAGAAUAAAACCUCCACAGCUUCAGAUUUUUUUCAAACAUUUCAAUAA